UUGCUGUGUUGGUAAAAAAAAGUGGUGCUCAACAGAGAAGAUCGGUGGGGAGAAGGUGCUCUGCAUGGAAGCGGAGGCGGAUGCGGAGGCGACAUGGCCGGCGGCGGCGGGCGACCGAGCGGCGGUUGGAGACGGCGGCUUUCCUGUAGAUCAAGUGUGCAUGUUGCCAAUCUUCCCCGGCGUCGACGCGUCACCGGGAUCGGUCCAAGACGAGGUGAGCGAGGUGGCUGGAUGGGGAAGAGGUUGGGUGACGGCCUCUUCUGUGGCUGGGCGUGACAGCUGCGCCGUCGCUGCUGGCGACUACAGCGGAGAGAGCGGCCCCGCUGAGUCGGGAGAAUCGGCGGUAAAACCUGAUCCCAAAUCUUCAGGCUGGAUAAGAAGAGUGCGAGUAGGCGCAAAUCCAAUCGAGCGACCACCUUGUCCUGGAAGGAUGGGAGCACUCGAGAAGACUAUCAGGGGCUUUGUCGAAAGGGAGGGUGAUGAAGUAGUGAAGCUGAAGGUAGGGACAACGUUUGACUCACUGACGGAGGUCUAUGAUUUCUACAAUUUAUAUUCAUGGGAACAUGGCUUCGGAAUUAGAUACGGCAAAAGCCGGCUGAAUCCUGAUAAGAGAAACACUAUGCAGGAGAUUGUCUGCGGGUGCUCGGGGAAACCCCUCCGCGAGAAUGCCAGAUCUUGUAGAUGCGAGUGCCCUGCAAUGAUUAGACUGUUGAGGACAUCUGACAAUGGGUGGUACAUCACGGAGCAUCAAGUAAAUCAUAACCAUGUGAUGACGCUGAAUUGUGGUGAAAUGCUGCACUGGCCAUCUCACAAGCACAUCGACGGCUACACUAGAGACCUUGUUAGGAACCUAAGGAAGAACAACAUCAACCUGAGCAAGGUGUACAACAUCAUCGGAGGGUUCUUUGGUGUUCGAAGUUUGAAUGCUAUAAGCCAUGUAAUCUCAACUAUCUCUCCCUCUAUUCCGUAUCCUUAUCUGUCUCUUCCUCUUGUAACGGGAUGAAUCCUAGCGAUCGUUCUAUCUUGUAACCUACGACAGGUCUUCUGUCCGCAUCAAUAUAUAGCAACGCGGCUCU